AUGGUCAACUGGAAAAAGUGCUUACCUCACUUGAGGGUUUUACCUGAAGACGAGUUUUUAAGAGAAAGCCUUGAGGCAACUGCUCCCAGUGUUUCAGAACUGGAGGAGGAAAGGCAUUCUGUAACGGACAAGGAUGCCAGCGACAAAAAUGCUUCUGCUAUCAACAGCAGCUCAGACGUCAUCGAUGUUGAGGAUGGUCAGUCCAUAGCUUACAACAAGUUGAAGAAAAACACUCCCUACGAAUUGAGAAACGAAUCCAACAGACCUUGGUGGAAGUUUUUCGACGAGUACGAGUACAGAUUGAACAAAGAAUAUCGGAAGUCCAGGAAGUGGUACGAGUUCCUGUAUCCUAACCACACCACCCAAUCGCCAAGCGAGAGGAGACUUCUUUACAAACUCGACAUCAUGAUUGCAUUCUACUUCUUCAUGCUUUCUUGGUCCAAGUCAGUCGAUUCGAACAACUACACCAACGCGUACGUGUCUAAUAUGAAGGAAGAUUUGAAAAUGAAGGGGAACGAUUACAUCCACACCAGUACUAUCUCGAACGUCGGAGCCAUUGUGUUUCAACUACCCUUCAUGUACUUGUUGCCUCGUUUCCCAGCUCAUUUACUACUUCCUGUUAUGGAUUUAGGCUGGACCUGGUUCACGUUCGCUUGUUAUAGAGUCAAAACUUUGCACGAGCUUCAAGGUUAUCGUUUUAUCCUGAAUGCCUUUGGUGCUGCAUACUACCCAGUUUCGCAGUACAUCAUGGGCUGUUGGUAUGCACCAGAUGAAAUUAGUUCAAGAGUUUGCCUAUUCUUCUGUGGUAAUCUCCUUGGUGGAGUUACAUCUGGUCUUUUGCAAGGUCGUAUUUUCAAAAGUUUGGACGGUGUUCACGGUCUUGCUGGCUGGAGGUGGAUGUUUUUGAUCGACGCGAUCGCUAUUUCUCUCCCAACUGCUAUCCUUGGUUUCUUUGUUAUUCCCGGCAUCCCAUCCAAGUGCUAUUCAUUGUUUUUGACUGAUGAGGAGAUUAGAAUUGCUAGAAUUAGAAACAAAAGAAACCAAAUCAACGACGGUGUUGACAAAUCGAAGUUGAAACCACUAUGGAAUCGGUCUCUAUGGAAAAAAGUAUUCUGCAACCCAACAUUCUGGGUACUUGGGAUUUUUGAUGUGUGCUCGUGGAACAAUAUGACUGCAUUCAGUGGAUCUUACGCUUUAUGGUUGAAGGCAAAUAAAAAAUAUUCCAUUGUACAGGUGAAUAAUCUAAGUGUCUUACCGGCCUGCCUAGGGUUUGCAUAUGUUUUCUUUUGUGCAUUUGGUGCCGACCUUUUCAGGUGUAAAUGGUUCUUUAUGGUCUUUGCAGCGAUCAUGAACACUGCAUCCUGUGCCAUUCUAAUCAAAUGGAAUGUGAAUUCGAAGGCAAAAUGGUACGCGUUCCUAACAACGUAUUUCAGUGUUGCUGCGUCGCCAUGUCUGUGGUCGUUUAUUAAUGACUUCUUAAGAUUUGACCCGCAAGUGAAGGCCAUCACUUGGAUUGCAAUUUACUCCUUCUCACAGUCUACCAAUGCAUGGAUCCCCAAUUUAGCAUGGCAAACUACAGAAUCUCCCAAGUUCCAUACUGGUUACACUGUGAGUUUAAUAUUUGGUGUGAUCUACGGUCUUUGGACCUUUGUUGUUUUGUUCUUCUACAAGAAGAACGAGAAGAAGCACGCUCUAGGGAAUGGAAUCAUCCUAUACAACGAGGAAAAAGGCGAGACUCCACCUGCGUUUAUUGAAACUGACUUGGAAUUGAGAAGCGACGGGUAUUAUUACGUACGCUGA